CCUGUGUAGACGCUUGCCAGCAGACCGACACCUAACAAAUGCACAGCAGAAUAUACUUUGCCCUGCUCUGCAAUAUCCCCACCCUUUUCUGAUCUCUUCCUCGUCGAAAUCAGUCUCUGAUCUUCAAUCCUUUUUCUCCAUCUCACAAAGCUUUCCCAUGGAGCUUCUGUUUGAACUCUUUUUGACAGUUUCUCUUUCUCUGACUCUCUGUUUCCUCCUCUCCAAGCUCCUCUCUGCAGCUUCUGCCGGUGACAAAAACCGCACCUCUACGUUGACAUCACGUAGGGAUGCGAACGGAAUAUGGGUUAUGCCUGAGGAGCUUAAGCUCCAAAUCGAGAGAAGAUUCCGGUUGGUUGAAAAAACUGAUAAAAAUAAAACUGAACCGGUUCAGGACAAAUUGGAUGUUCAAGAAUUUGUCAACGAAGGGUUUGAGUCAACGGAGAGGGACAUUAGGGGAGAGAAACAUAUUGAAGAGGUAUCAGAGCGUUGCUGUGUGGGAGAGUGCGGGGAAAGCUUGGUGGAUGAAAGUUCUAAGGGGGAAAAGCUUUGCGAAAUUGAGUUAGAGUCGGUUAAGAGCGAGGUGGAUUCGGCCAGGGAUGUAUUGGAGUACGGAAGCAAUGAGGGAUGUGAAUUCGAUAAAAGUGGGGAUGAUGAGUUCAAGGACAAAGUGUUUGAUUUGGAGGAUGAAUGGGAAGGGAUCGAAAGGACCGAAUUGGAAAAGGUCUUCGGCGCCGCGGUGGUGCUUGCGGGAUCUGCCAUUACUGCUGGUCGAGCUUCGAGUCUUGGCAGUGAUGUGGAGGCGCAGUUAUAUGGGCUUCACAAGAUUGCCACCCAAGGGCCUUGCCAUGAACCCCAACCAAUGGCAUUGAAGCUCUCUGCUCGCGCUAAGUGGAAUGCUUGGCAACGGCUUGGUAAUAUGAGUCCGGAGGUAGCAAUGGAGCAAUACAUCGCCCUUCUUUCAAGAAGUUUUCCUAGGUGGAUGCAAUAUGAUUUUGUUAGAGAUAAUAAACAGGUUUUAGAAGAAUUCGAAGCAUUUAGGAAGCUAGCUUCUGAUUUAGAGGAACUGCCAUCAAUCCAACUAGGUGCUGCAGAUGAAAGGACAAUGGAGAUGAAGCCUCAUUUUGAGGGUUUUUACGUUACUGGAUUUGGUGUCCAAAAUCCAUGAUUAGAUCGUUACAAUGCGCGAAAAAAGCUCUUUGCAAUAUUGGUGCUCUAUAUGAGAAUCACUUAGGAGGUAUCCUCGAAGCUGUAAUCUGUUGGAACAAAUAUUGAAGAUGGCUGGAAAUUAUGGAAUAGAUGGAUUUGGAAUUGCACAGUUGCAGCUCUCUAUGAUAACAGAUAAUCAACCAUUGGAGUGUUUACUUGUAUAGAGCUGUGCCCUUUUAUAACUUUUUUAUUCAUAGAGGAAAACAAUAUUGGCAUGGUAAUAUAUCGAAUAUAUCAAAGUACAAUUACAAUAAGUAAGAUUGGAUACUGUAAUUACAGUAGCUGGCAUCCUUCUUUUUUAUAUGUGCUCAAAACUUGUUUGAAUAUAAAGUUAAUAGGAUUAAAAAUGAGGGAUGAUUUCCCA